AUGGUGGCGAUAUCACUGUACAAAGGGAACUUCCACAAAGCGUCCGAUGUACCCCGCCGAUGGCCGCCACCGACCCCAAAGAUUUCGCUCAAAGACUUCAAGAUUCUCCUCCACCGUCGCGACAUGGCUCUCGCCCGCCUCCGCUCCUCCUCCGCCGAGGCCGAUAUCAAUGUCGCGACGACUUCAGGCCCUAGCACCGGCCGUAGCCCUGGCCCCGAACCCAAUCGUGCUAAUACCGAUUCAAUUCAUGGGGAUAACGCCGUGAAUAAAAUCGAUGGCGAGAAUCAUGAGGGCAAUCACUGUUCUGAACCUGAAUUGCUGCCUAAGGGGAAUUUAAAGGAGGAGGUGAUGAUAGAUGAGACAGAAGACUCAUUGAAGAAAUUGAUAGAGGAAAGUGAUGCUAUGGUGGAGGAGCAGAAGAAUGAGGAGAAUACCAAGGAUGAUGGCAAAUCGGAGGCUAUUGUGAAACCGGAUGGCGAGAAAAGCAAUUUGGAAAACGGUAUAAGUGAUGCAGAGAAAAGAACAAAGGAGGUCAAAGAGAAGUUGGAAAUUUUGAAUGAGAAAAAGCAUAGCUUGGUGAAAGUGCUGAAACAGAUUUUGAAUGCAGAGGAGCAGUUAAAGCGGCAAAAUUGCACCCAAGGAAUUUCUGGUCUUCCACCAUCGCAGGUAGACACUAGCACCGAUUCUGGGUCAAUGACUAAGGUCAACACCCCUAAAAUUGGCCCGGAUGGAAUUCCUUGUGGUAAUGUGGAGGGAGGAGAACCUGAUGAUGUUUCGAACCAUAAUGCGACUUCUCGCCACUUACCUCGCACGAGCAGUACUUCUCCGUCUUCUGGUUCUCAACAGCGGAAGCCAAACUCUACCAUGGCACCUCUUUCUUACCGGGCCACUAUGGGCGUUGCCAGUAGCCCUUCACGAUUUGCACCCACUGGUCAAGGUCAAAGUCAAGGUCAAGGUCAAGUACAAUCUGCUCUUUCUGUCUCGGCCACUAGUUAUGUGGUGUCAUCUCCUUCUCCAGCUGCAUCAGGUGGUACCUCUAUCUUUAGAGACGCCAGGCUCCCGAGCCCAUGGAAUUAG